GCUGCGCCUGGAGAGAUGGUGUCCCUACUGCAAGAGGGACUGCGCAUGAUCAAGUUUAACCAUGACAACGUUCUGGAGCUGACCGGCAUCUGUAUCCAUGGCAACCAAGCCAUGAUCGUUCUACCCUACAUGAAGCACGGCGAUCUGCGCAAAUAUCUCAUCAGUAAACAGACGUUGCCUCUUUUGGAGAAUCUCCGCCUAUGCUUAGACAUCGCCCGCGGCAUGGCGUAUCUGUCUGACAACGAUAUCGUACAUCGCGACCUGGCAGCGAGAAACUGUAUGUUGGACGAAAACUUGAGGGUGAAAGUAGCAGACUUCGGGCUUUGCAGAGACGUCCAUGAAAAGGGCUACUACAGAAUACAGAGCUGGGAGACCGGACGACACCCUUACACCCCUCCUCAGGUGAAGCUACCUUGCAAAUGGAUGGCGCCGGAAAGCCACGACACCUACAUAUUUGAUACCAAGACAGACAUAUGGUCUUACGGGAUCGUCCUGUGGGAGAUUUUCGCGGCUGGGCAGACUCCGUACCCCGGUACUCCUGGGCUGUCUGUUGUACAACAGCUGAGGGAAGGUUACCGCAUGGACCGGCCCAACAAAUGCCCCAUCAUGCUGUACAACAGUGUGAUGAAGCAGUGUUGGCUGGCCAGCCCGUUAGAGCGACCAAACUUCAAGGAAGUCCUGAGAAAGAUAGAACAGAUCCACACUUCUUUCAAACACCGGUCCGAUUUUGAAAAUCCGGCCGCGGAUUGUCAGAUACACAGCCUAGCAUAGAAUA